UUUAUUGGUUCACUGAACUAUUGCCAAACAGAUUCUGAUGGUUCAGAAGGUUGGUAAAGGCCGUUAUGGAGAAGUGUGGAUGGGUAAAUGGCGUGGCGAAAAAGUGGCAGUCCAAGUGUUUUUCACCACAGAAGAAGCUAGUUGGUUUAGAGAAACAGAAAAUAUACUUGCGUUUAUAGCUGCAGACAUUAAAGGCACUGGCUCUUGGACUCAGUUGUAUUUGAUUACUGAUUACCAUGAACAUGAUUCUCUCUAUGACUUCCUGAAAUGUGCCACACUGGACACCAGAGCCCUACUCAAAUUAGCUUAUUCUGCUGCCUGUGGUCUGUGCCACCUCCACAUGGAAAUUUAUGGCACCCAAGGAAAGCCUGCAAUCGCUCAUAGAGACCUGAAGAGCAAAAACAUUCUUACUAAGAAAAAUGGGAGUUGCUGUAUUGCUGACCUGGGCCUGGCUGUUAAAUUCAACAGUGAUACGAAUGAAGUUGACAUACCCUUGAAUACCAGGGUGGGCACCAAGCGCUCCAUGGCUCCAUGGUGGAUGUGCUCCCAAAGUUCUUUCCUGCAAAUGCAACAGCUUGGGCCAGGUAGUACUUCCCCUGAGCUUCUGAAUGCAGUGCUCCCAGAGGAUGCUGGUGGGAAGAGAAGGUAG